UUUUCCAGGAAUGGUACAAAUCGCAAAUAACAACUAAAAAUCGCAGCCAAAAAUGCUUCGUACGGUGUUUAAACUUGCUUUUUAUGGGGCCAUACUUUGUUUGCUUAUUCAUAGUUGGUUAACCUACAAAGAUUACCUCUUCGAUCAGGAUGAAAUUCAUGCAAUGGCCAAGAAAUAUGUUGGCAAAGACCCAGCAGUCGCUUACAAACUAAUCCUGAAAGAGCUGCGACAGAAGUUCCCCGGUCACAUCCUGCCCAACAGUGACCUUCAGUGGAUCUUCGUCAAUGCUGGUGGAUGGAUGGGCAGCAUGUGUUUGCUGCAUGCCUCGCUCACAGAAUAUGUCCUGUUCUUCGGGACGGCGGUGGAUACCAGUGGACACUCAGGUCGUUAUUGGGCAAAUAUAUCUGAUACAGUCCUGACAGGGGAAUUUCGCCAGUGGAAGGAGGGUGAAAUAAAAAGCACCGUUCAUAAACCGGGUGAUACCAUCGUCCACGUCUGGGGUGAAGCUACUGCUGUCCAGUUUUCUGCCGGGACCUGGUUUUUCGAAUACGGUCGAGGAUUCAUUCCGUCCACGAUGGGUUUCGCUCUCGCGGACACUCUCUUCUCCACGCAGGAUUUUGUUACGAUGUAUUAUACAUUUAGAAUAUACACAAAGGGCAUUUUACAAGAACUCUCUCACAAUGUUUUUGAAUAUAUAGACUUUAUGAAGGGUAGCUAAGUUAUUGACAUGAUUUUAGAAUAUUUUUGAUUUUUUAUAAUUUAAGUGAAAUUUACAAGCUGUUGAUGCAGAGCUAUUUUUGACUUUGUUAAAUGUAUAAUCUUAUCAGAGGGGUGUUUUUUCUCUAUCGCUCAUCAUUUCCACCGUGUGUCAUUUCUAAUAAAGAAAUUAUCCAGCAAAUUUA